CAUUUACACGCGAUGGCGCCUCCUCUGUACCUCCAGGUCGGCGCCGCCGGCGCCUCCGCCGUCGCGACGGUCACGUUCAUCCACCCCAUCGACGUCGUCAAGACGCGGCUGCAGGUGAGCGGCGGGGCCAUCGGCGGCGUCAUCGGGUCGGCCAUGAAGAACGAGGGGCCCCUCGCCUUCUACAAGGGCAUCAACGCGGCGUGGCUGCGCGAGGCGUCGUACACGUCGCUCCGCCUCGGCCUCUACGAGCCCAUCAAGGGCGUCGUCGGCGCCAAGGACAAGGACGCCCACUUCCUCAAGAAGUUCGCCGCGGGCUGCCUCGCCGGCGCCAUCGGCUCCCUCGUCGGCAACCCCUUCGACGUGCUGAAGACGCGCAUGAUGGCGUCGACCGAGGGCACGUCCUUCGGCGCCGAGGCCAAGAGCCUCAUGGAGAGCCAGGGCGUCGCGGGCUUCUACCGGGGCAUCGACGCCAACAUCUCCCGCGCCAUGGUCCUCAACGGCACGAAGAUGGCCUGCUACGACGAGUGCAAGCAGGCCGUCGUCAAGGCCGGCACGUUCGGCGGGCCCAAGGACAUCCUCGUCCAGGCCGUCUCCGCCUUCGGCGCGGGCUUCUUCAUGACCUGCACCGUCGCGCCCUUCGACAUGGUCCGCACGAAGCUCAUGAACCAGCCCCCGGACAAGAUCGAGUUCACGGGCUUCGUCGACUGCUUCGUCAAGGUCGUCAAGAAGGACGGGCCGGGCGGCCUCUACCGCGGCUUCUUCCCCAUCUGGGCCCGCUUCGCGCCGACGACGACGCUCCAGCUCAUCUUCUUCGAGCGCUUCCGCGCGGCCCUCGGCAUGGACUCCCUCUAGGGCGCCUCGCCGACGCACGCGCGCGGCGCGGCGCGCCUAGGAGU